AGCAGGAGAUUAUAUUUCUGCAAACCUACGGAUGGAAGCACAUGAUUGACUCAAAUCAACAAUAAGUUCUUUUAUAUCUUAAGCUUAUAGAAUUAACCAAUUUAAAUCUAUUAGAAAAAAUGAUUCAGUGUGUGCAGCUUUUGUAACAAGGCAUUGAGUGUGGUGGUAGCGCUACAGUUUUUUUCAGCACGGCUGCAUCUGCAUUUGUCCUUUCGGGUUAGAAGCAAUGCUGAAUUUCAUAUGAGUGAAAACUUGAUCUUCAGGACCCUCAGGCAUCUCGCUCUUUGUUUUAUACUUGGGAUUUUAAUGUGUCAGUCCUUCGGAAUAUAGUUGUUCUUUUCUUCGGAGCAAAUGGCAUCCCUCGGUAGUGAAGAUGCAUUUCAAGAUUCAUCAGCCAUCUCCUUACAUGAUUUAGAAAGCCUGCACAACUUCCGCAGCCGUUCUGCCAGUUUCAGCAGCACGGGGUCCAGUGGCCGCUUGCACCUCCGUCAGCGAGUAGCCCAGCUUAUGGCCUGCGUCGAGGACAUCAGCUCAGAUGAUGAAAUUCAUGAAGAAGUAUCUCGCACUCUAGAUGAAGCUUUCCUUAUCUGGGGGAAAAAGCUGAAGGACAAGUGGCAAGAAAUCAGACUGCACAUAGUUACCUGGAAUGUGGGCACAGCUUCUCCACCUCCUGAUGUCACUGGUUUACUUCAGCUCAAUUCACUGGGCCCAGCUAUGGAUAUGUAUGUUAUUGGCUUACAGGAGGUGAACUCAAGGAUCACGAAUUUUCUCUCUGACUUGGCAUUUGAUGAUCCUUGGAGCAUUUUUUUCAUGACUGUACUGUCACCAUUGGGAUACGUCAAGCUCUCCUCUGUUCGCAUGCAGGGAUUGCUCCUUCUGAUCUUUGUGAAGCACGUCCACCUUCCUUUCAUACGGGACAUUCAUACCCAAUAUACACGCACAGGCCUCUAUGGAUACUGGGGGAACAAAGGAGGAGUUACCAUUCGCAUGUCCCUCUAUGGUCAUACAGUUUGUUUCAUAAACUGCCAUUUGCCAGCUCACAUGGAGAACACAGAGCAGCGACUGGAUGACUUUGAGAAAAUUCUGGAAAUGCAGUUUGAAGAGGAGGAUAUUCCAAGUACCCUGGAUCAUGACAUUCUCUUCUGGUUUGGGGAUCUAAACUUCCGGAUAGCAGAUUAUGGCAUACAUUUCGUCCGGGAAUCGAUAAAUAACAGACGUUACAAUCUACUGUGGGAAAAGGACCAGUUAAAUAUGGCAAAGAAGAAGGAAGCAUUUCUUCAGGACUUCAUAGAGGGUCCUCUGCAGUUUAAACCCACCUACAAGUUUGACCUUUAUUCCGAUGUAUAUGACACCAGAGAGCAGAAGUCCCUGUUUUGGUUUAAUGAGAAGAAAAGAAAGCCAGCUUGGACUGAUAGAAUUCUUUGGAGAGUGAAGAGUCUCUGCCAGCGUACGUCAAAAGAAAGCAAAUUAUCUGAAGAAGAACAAACAAUAUCUGUUACUCUGAAUAACUAUAUCAGUCACAUGAGCUAUGGCAUCAGCGAUCACAAACCUGUUACAGGAACUUUUGGGCUUGAGAUGAAGCCUCUCUUAUCAAUUCCUUCUGUCACAUUGAAUCCUGAGGGUGAAUGGAGUGCUGAACAUGAUGUUCUAAUCAGUUAUUCUGCAGUGCCUGAGUUCCCAAGCAGUGCUUGGGACUGGAUUGGACUUUUCAAGGUGACAUUCAAGCAUGUGAAUGACUAUGUUACUUAUGCUUGGGUAAAAGAUGAUGAAAUUUCUUCUAACAAUGACAGUAAACAAGUUUACAUCAGUGCUGAAGAAAUACCUGCUAUGGGAGGAGAAUUUGUGCUUUGUUAUUAUAGCAAUAAUAUGCAGUCAAUAGUUGGUAUCAGCCAGCCUUUUCAGAUUCAGCCAAACAGAAUGUUAAUAGAAAAGGAUCUGGCACAGGAAGAGAUCAGUUGGAGGCAAAAACCUGACAAUCUGGAAUCACAUAAUGAAUUCUGAAGUCAGAAAAGGCAUUUAGUGAUCCUGAUUCAGGAGUCAGAGAUGAUUACCUUCUUUGUCUUAGUACUUGUAGGCAUUUCCUCUUAGAAGAUGGAGUGAGGUAGUGCAAGGGUCCCACAGGUAGGGCUGUUCAGAAACUUUAUAAGCUCAUAGAAGAUAAUUUAUUGUGGAAACAGGUAUUUUUUAGAGUUACUCUCAUCAUAACAAUAAUGUUGCACUGGAUGGGAACCAUAAAAGUAGUUCCUAAUGAAUGCUGUAUGGUUUAAGAUGACAGACAUUUCUAAUCCAAUGACUUAAUGAAAGUAAGUUGCAUUCCAUAACAGGUUUUGGACUUGCUCCUUUUCUUUUCUCUAAAGGAUGUUUUAUUAGCGAUACAAUUCACAGAGCUGUAACCACUUAAUCACUGGUUUCCAAUGUUUGAGUUUAACUGAAGUUAUUUUAAAAAUUAUUUAUUAGAUACAGUUAUCUAGCUUAUUUUAAAUUUUUGUUUGACUUUUAAAUGUAAACUAAUUACCUUUUGGGAAACACAUGUGACAACAGGUCACAUGAAAGCAAAAUGUUUAGAACAUGUAAAUUCUCCUUUGGUAGUAGAAACCCUUUUCUACUGCCUUACUUCUCACUUAUAAUUCUUGCAGGAUUUUCCAUCUUUAAUUCUUCCAGAUCGUGAUAUAUCAAUCAAAAUACACUUUUUCUGAUUUUUGGAUUCUUCUUUUAUAAAACAAUUUAUAUAGCAAUUUGUCUAUUCCCUUUCUCCCUCUAAUUAAAAAAGUAAAAUAAACACAGUUACGCUAAUCACUGACUUGGAGUUAAACCAAGAUCACAUCUUUCAGAAAGAAAUGCCUCAUGUAAAGAAAUGAUUUAGUAUGGGUUAGCAAAGUAGUUCAAGAAGCACUUGACGAAGAGCUAAGUGACAAUGAUACUGUCCUUGUUUUCUGCUGUCACGUUGUAUUUAGAAAGCUGUCACGUUGUAUUUAGACAGCUAAAGCCAUAUUUGAGUACUUCUGUGAUACCAUUCUGCCACAUAAAUAAUUGCUACACUUACUACAGAGAUUACAUGAAUUAUAAAUAGAGAAUUUAAAUGGAACAAGCUCUUUCUUAUGGCAUGAUCCAUGCUACCAAAAAUCAUAAAGCUCUUAAGUUUAUAGCAAUCAGUUUGCAAAAUUUCUGCCUUCCAGAGGUGCUUAUACUUAAAUGUAUCUUGCACGUUGGAGAGUGGAGGUAGAAUGAGAAAGAUCAAGUAAUUAAAGAAAGAAAGAAAGAAAGGUAGUUAGCUUUAGAAAUGGUUUUGUUUGAUGAGGAAAUAGAGAUCUUUAAAAAGGAUUGGAAGUAGCUCUGGACGUUCCACAGAAUCUCAGACUGUGGUGCUGAAAAAGAGCACUGCUUGGUCUCCCAUGUUCUAGAUACAUAGCUUUCAGCUGCCUACCACGUAUGGUAAGUAGGGUUAGUUACUAAUCACUGUCUUGUCGGUUGUGAAUGGAAAAGAGAAAAUUCGGUUCAAGUGGAAGAGAGAAGCAAAGAAUGUUGGUGUGUAUAUUUUGGAGCGUUGCUUGAGAACUGAAUGGAUUCCUUUUUGCUCACGUUCUCAAAGUCUUGGUUCUUUUAGUUAGGAUUCUUUUGGAAGAGAAAGUGAGCAUUCUGUGAUACCUGUUUUGUAUAGAUUUCUGGGGUCUUACCUAUGCUGACAGUCUAUCUAUCUUAGGGUUUCCAUAGUAUACAAACUGGUUAGUUUUGUUGCAAUUUGAAGUUUAAGAGCACCUAGCCUCUGUAAAUUUUAGUUGUAUAUUAGCCUAAUGCUUGGUACUGAGAAUUGUUUCCAGUUGUCUAUAGUGAUGGCAGGUUUAGAGGGUACUGUGUUCAGUGCAUGGAUUAAAACUAUCUUGAGGCUUACACCUUGUACAGUCUUAUUACAUUUUGGAGCAAUAUUAGAAACCAUUUUCAUAUUUGUACCAAUCUCGCAAGAUUUUGUUUUGCACUGAAGCUUUCAGCUACUUUACUUUUCAUGGCAAUUACAUCUUCAGACAAAUCCUUCCUGAAUUGCAAAUAACCUGCAGUUUUUGAGUUCUUGCUCUGUUUCCGAUAUUACUUGUAUGAUUAUAUUACCAUGUUCCAUGCAAGGAGAUUCCAGUGGAGAGCUCAAAGAUGAAAGAAUUGUGGUCUUUGAAUUCCAGACUGCAGCUGGUGACUUACUGUGGACCAAGAUCCAGUUUCUUCUAAUCAGGGUGCAUCUGCCAUUCGUGAACAGCUCAGAGGGGGAGCGGUACAGCCAUGCAGGGGCACUUUACGUGGGCAAGAAACCCAAGCUCCUUAAUGUUGCAUGGGAACUGAUAACCUUCUCGGGCACUGGAGAUAGAAGCUGCAUUUUGUAAACUAAUCCUUUGCACCACAGGACUUUACUGAAAAUGCCCACAGCAGCUGUGAUUAAAUCUGCCUGUGUGUAAGACACUGCACAAAACUGUAUACUCCCUUCUUUAGUGUUGUGCACACAGUAGCAGUCUUAAAUAUUGUUUACUACUGUUACCUAUGGUAGCUUUUCAAAGUAUUCCGUGACCUGUUACCAUGUAAUUUCUGAUGAAAUUUAUCUUUCUUAAAACACCUUUAAUUAGAUGUUAUAAUCACUGGAAGUGUUUUUAUUCCCAUGUUUUUUCUUUUCAUGUACCACCAAAAUAAAUCCUGAGAGUGAACUGUUCUACAUGCUUCUAUUAAUCUGAGAAAAAUGUACUGGGGAGAAGAGGGGGAAUUCAGUCCAUGCAUGGUAGCAGUUUUCUGUGUAAUUUUGAUAUUUUUAAAAUGCAAAUAUAUUUGCAUUCUACAAUACUGUUGUAUUAGUAGUAACAUAUUUGGUAGGGCUUUGGACUGCAAAAGAAGGGCCAAAGACAAAAUUGAUUUUCUUUUGGACAAAUAAAAAUCUUUCAUUUAAA